CAACGGAGGAGGAUUUUGCAGACGAAAACCCACCCAAUUCAUCAGAGGUCCACCCAUGGCGUCUAUAAAAGAAGAGGGCAAGACGCUUCUGUGUACAGCCUUCGACUCUCCUGAAGAGCGAAUCUGUUCAGAUCCUUGGACCGAAAGAGAAGAUAAGUUCGAGUGAUUUCAUCAUGGUUUCCUUCGUCAAUCUCAUCCUCGUCCUCUCUCUGACUUCAAGUGCUGUCUUCUGCCUUCCUUCGGGUGAGAGAAACAGCACAUCAGGGGAGGAUGAUGAAAACGAAAUUGAUAGCUACGAGGAGGAGACUGAGGCAACCCAGGGGGCCACGGAAUACAUCGAGGCUGCAAACGCCGGACUGGCGCGUCUGAGGAGCGGACCACGCAUCACACAUGGAGACAUCGCCCAGACGACCGGCCUGACGUCCACUCGGAACGCCUCUCCCUGCACGGCCAAAGGCUGCACCUGGCCAAAGAGCUCCAGAGGCUAUGUCUACGUGCCUAUUCAAAUCUCCAGAAGAUACAGCAGUGAGGAGCGAACUGUGCUCAUUCAGAGCCUGGUGGAGUUCCACUCAGUCUCCUGUAUUCGCUUCGUCUGGAGGCGGAGGCAUCGGGACUAUCUCAGCAUCUAUCCUUCCAGCGGGUGCUGGUCCUAUAUAGGUCGCCAGGGAAGACGUCAAAUGAUCUCCAUCCAGCAGCGCGGGUGUGUUCACCCCGAAGUGAUCCAGCAUGAGAUCCUGCACGCCCUGGGCUUCCACCACGAGCAGGCGCGCUCUGACAGAGACGACCACGUCCAAAUCCAGACCAAGAACGUUAACCCAGAAAACCUGCACAACUUCGAUAAGGUGGACACCAACAACCUGGGCACCCCAUACGACUACAACUCCAUCAUGCACUACGGCAGAUACGCGUUCUCCAAGCAGUACGGAAUUCUGCCCACCAUCGUCCCCAUCCCCGACUCCACGGCAGUCAUCGGAAAAGCCACCGAGAUGAGUGGCAACGACAUCGAACGGCUCAAUCAACUCUACCAGUGCAGUGACUAGUGAGUUGAAGACAGGAUACAAUGCUCUGAUGGACAAUGCACUUGCUUACACCCUCUCCUUUACUUUUAAAAGCUAAUGGGAUCAACAGGUUUUUCCAAGGGCUGGGACUAUAGCAUUGGUCUUCCCUCCCUUCUGUUAUUCCCUUUACUAAAUCCAGCGCAGAUGGAUCCCCCUAAUUGUCCUUGGAAGACUUCCAUCUUGUAUUCUAAUGGGAAAUGAUUCAUGGUUUUUAACGGGCUUGCUUUGUUUGGAAUGACUUCGUAGGGAUGACAUUGAGGUUCCCCCCUUCCCCCACCCCCCUUUACUGUCUUAAGACUUAAUUAAUAAAUGCUUUUAAAAAAAAAAAAAAACAUGCUUGCAAGAUCAACAUUCAUUUGCAUAUAAAUGCAAUAACCAACCCUGUUCGAUUAUGUUCAAUUAUGAUAUGAUAUUUGUGUAUGUAUGAGUUUGAUGUUUUUGCAGUUGGGCCUAAGUGUGUGUGUGUGUGUGUGUGUGUGUGCGUGUGCGUGUGCGUGUGUGUGUGUGUGUGUGUGUGUGUGUGUGUGUGUGUGUGUGUGUGUGUGUGUGUGUGUGUGUGUGUGAACAGUGUAUUUCUAUGCAAAACUGGUCUGUAGCGAAACCAGUGAUGUCAUAGUCAACUGCCAUCAUGCUAGAAGAUGGACCUGUUGACGUUGCAGCCAAAAAGGAAAAUAAGAAAGUGAAACUGUAUCCACAUUUUAGCAGCAUUUCUGACCUCAACAACAAACUAUCAACACUUUCUUCAGUUUAAGAACUGCUUCAGCUAAGCCUAGAUGAUGAAAAGAAAUAUGCACAAAUCUAUCCUCGAUGGAUGCAUAUAUAAGUAUAUCAAAAUAGUCACAGGAUUAAUAUACAUUCAGUGAUUAUGAAGUUUUUUUGGUGGGCCAACACAUUCAUGAUUUAGAAUGUGAGAAAAUGUGCUAUAUCUAAAGAUAUUGAGAUCUUUUUGUCUAACCAUAACUUUAUAUAGAGAAUACAGUGCUAUUAUUGGACAAUAGACAAUACUAUCAUACCGUUUCAAGGAAAGCGAGAAGGUAUGUGCUGUCAAGCGAUUAAAAAUGUAAUCGCGA